AUGUUCUAUACUCACGUGCUUAUGAGUAAACGAGGGCCAUUGGCCAAAAUAUGGCUUGCAGCUCACUGGGAGAAGAAACUCACAAAGGCCCAUGUGUUUGAGUGUAAUCUAGAGAUAACCAUUCAAAAAAUUAUUUCACCUAAGGUGAAAAUUGCACUCCGAACUUCAGGACACCUCCUUUUGGGAGUUGUUCGAAUCUACAACAGGAAGGCAAAAUACCUGUUGGCGGAUUGCAGUGAAGCAUUUCUUAAGAUGAAGAUGACAUUUCGCCCAGGACUGGUUGACCUCCCAAAAGAGAAUUUUGAGGCAGCUUACAACACUAUCACAUUACCAGAAGAAUUUCAUGAUUUUGACAUCUACAAUAUGAAUGAUAUUGAUAUUUCAGAGCCCCUUGCUCAGAACCAAAGUAGACCAGAGGAAAUCACACUUAGAGAAGAAUAUAGCAAUGAUCUACUUUUCCAAGCUGGGAGCUUUGGGGAUGAGCCUGAGCUCCUCAGAAGACAUAGCUUCUUUGAUGACAACGUAUUAAUGAACUCCAGUGGUCUUGCAGUUGAACAUAGUUCUGGAAGCAUCGCUGAGGAAAAAUCUUUGUUCUUUGACAAUGGAGAUGGAUUUGGAGAUGAAGGAGCUGCAGGGGAAAUGAUUGACAAUCUAUUGCAAGAUGAGAAUACCUUUUUAGAAGAUGCAUAUUCAAACAAAGAAGUUUCUCUGCCUCCUGAGCUUCCCAGUAGUAUAAUGGUAGAACCAGGUGAUUCAGAUGACCAAUAUAUACCUGAAGAUGAAAAAAUAAAUGAAAUAACAUUAGUACCAAAUGAAGAAGAUGGAUUUACUCUUGAGCCAAUUGAUAAUUUAGAUAUUGCUGAUAGAAGGAAAAGAAAAAAGAGGAGAUUGCUCAUAGAUCCAGUCAAGGAGAUAAGUAGCAAGACUAUGCAUAAGCAGCUCACCUCCUUUAUGGACACUCUCAUGGUGCUGGACCUCGCGCCCCCCACACAAAGAUUGAUGAUGUGGAAGAAGAGAGGAGGAGUGGAUACGCUCCUGUCAACCGCUACCCAAGAUUUGAUUAAUGAUGAAUUGAAAAUGUUGUUUGCAAAAUGCUUCCUGUCCUCUGACUAUAAACUUGCAAAAUUGACACAGAAGGAGUCAAUAAGGAAAGAAGUGGAAAACCAGCACAAUCCAGAACCCUCAGUCAUGGAAGAGUCAAGUUCCCACAGUGAGUUAGGUCAACCCCAAGAUUGGAAGGAUGUAACUCUUGAAUCUGUGGGUAGCUUUCAGGAGAACGUCAACAUGAAUAUUAACUCUGAGCAAGAUGUUCUCGAAAUGAUUUCUGCAGUCACUGAGGGAUCAUCUUCAGUGAAUGCCUCCUUGGCACAAGAAAACUGUCCAGCUGAACUGGAGUCAUCAGGCAGCAAACAAAAUACUGAGACAGAAAAAUGGAAUCAAAGAUUAUUUCAAACAUUAAAUGAGUUACGGGAACUCAACAAGAUGGGAAUGCAGUCCUUUAGCCUGGUAAAGCUAUGCAGAAAUAGUGACCGAAAACAGGCAGCUGCCAAAUUUUAUACUCUUCUCAUCCUGAAAAAGCAUCGGGCUAUUGAACUGAGCCAGAGUGUCCCCUAUGCAGAUAUUGUAGCUACAGUGGGACCAGUGUUCUAUACGAUGUGA